AUGGAAGAACAACAUUUAUCACAAAAAUUGAGUCAAUUAUCAACAUCGUCGUGUAAAACAACUGAUCCUCUCCUCACUAGGACGAGUGAAAAUAGAGAGGAGAAUGUUCCAGAUUAUCUAGCAAAAGGAAGUCAAUCCUUUGAAAAAAUCAUCAAUCAAAUAUCAUCCAUGGAGAAGAUCGAAGAAUUACGACAAAUCGGUAUACUCAUAUAUCAAUUUUCAAUGAUCCAUCUACAAAAAUCGCUUUGGAUAGCAUACUGGAAAGCAGAAAUGGGUCAACUUAAAUCAUCCAAUCAAAUGAAGAACGACAAUGAUCAUAUUGGUCCACAACUUUGGCCUCUGGAAGUUCAAUCAGAAAUAAAAAUGUCAACCAGCAAUGAUACUUGUCGAGUUUUUGUCACUCGAUAUUUUUCUGAAUUAGAUGUUCAAAUGAAACACUAUGAAAAUGAAUUAUCGAAUAAAAAAAAUCAAUUCUCUGACUAUAUACAAACGAUUGAAACAUUUGUCCAAGAAAACCUUACACCUAUUCGUCUCUAUUAUGAAUAUCAAAUAGCAGUUGUUGAAUAUAACUAUUAUGAUCGCGUAUUAGAGUUAGAAUAUCUUCAACAUAAUCCAGCUCAUUGUCAAAAACAAAUAGUUAAACAACUUUGCCAUGCUAAAUAUCAAGAAGAAAUAACAAGAGAAGAAUUCAAUUUUUUCAAAGAACAAAUUUCUAAUCAAAAGCCUUCUCCAUCGUCUGAAUUACCACCGCAAGAAACAUUCUUCAAUACAAUUGGCAAUCAAGAAGUUCGACAAAAAUUGCAUGAUCAAUACCGAAGUGUAGCUGAACAAGCAAAAUACGAUAUGAUGCAAUUGUAUCUUUCAUCGACUGAAGCUCAAAUGAAUCGAUAUCGUAAACAAUUUUAUGUUAAAAUGAAACAAUUCUGGCUUGAACACCGUUCUCUUCCACAGGAUCGCAAAUUAUCGAAUACAAUGAUUCCCCAAGUGAGCAGGGGACGGGUUAAAAGACUAGUCUUUUUUCUAGUCGUGGCACCCCGUCCCGUCUAG